AAUUCUUCUCUGAAACCAAAGAGGAAACAAAAAAAAAUGCAGACUUUAUCUGUUGCAUUCUGCAACUGUGCCCUAGUGGUUCGAAGAAACUCUUUCGGAAACAGAAACAGUGUUAAUCUGAGUUUAAUUUCUUCUUCCUCGCCUUGUUCAUCUUCUUCAUCUCCGACUCUUAUUUGCCGAUCGAAAUCAAAAUCUCAAACCGAUAGCUUGAGAGUGUUGGAAUGGGACAAGCUCUGCGAUGUUGUCGCUUCUUUUGCUCGGACUUCUUUAGGUCGCGAAGCUACAAAGAAAAAGCUUUGGUCUCUUGACCAGACUUUCGAUGAAAGUCUGAAGCUUUUGGAUGAAACAGAAGCCGCCAUUAAAAUGCUUCAACAUGGUUCCUUCUGUCUUGACCUCUCCAGCAUUCAUAUCUCCUUGGUUGAAUUGGGCAUUCGUCAUGCUCGGAGGAGGAUGUCUUUGCGAGCAGAGCAAGCACUUGAGGUGGCUUCUCUUCUUCGAUUCUUCGAAACUUUGCAGCUUGGUCUGAAAGCUGUCAUUAAGCAAGAUGGAGAUUGGUACAAACGGUUUAUGCCUCUAUCUGAAAUGAUAAUGCAACCUGUGAUAAAUAGAUCGUUUGUCAAGUUGGUUGAGCAAGUUAUAGAUGCUGAUGGAACAAUCAAAGAUUCCGCGAGCAGUGCCCUGAGACUAUCACGUGAGCGAGUGCGGACGCUUGAAAGAAAGUUGAAUCAACUGCUGGAGGCUAUUAUAAGGAGCCAAAAGAAUGAAGAAUCUGUCAUGCAAGUGGCUGAAAUCAACGGAAGAUGGUGUAUACAAAUGAGUUCGAAUCAGCUGACUUCUGUUAAUGAUCUUCUGCUUUCCAGUGAUUCAGGUGGAGGGACUGCUGCGGAGCCAAUAGCUGCGGUCUCCAUGAACGAUGAACUCCAAAGUGCGCGAGCAUCGGUUGCAAAGGCUGAGGCAGAUAUUCUUGCAAUGCUAACUGAAAAGAUGCAACUGGAUCUUGAUCAAAUCGAGGAUGUGUUGAGCUACUCAAUUCAACUGGAUGUGAUAAACGCUCGAGCAACUUACAGUCGGGCAUAUGGAGGUGCACAUCCUGAUAUAUACUUAACACCUGAAGAUGGAGUUGGAUCUUUGUCUGCUGGAGACGACUCACUGGAGAAUAACUUCUCAAGUGAGGCUAGAAAAGAAUGGUUGUUGUAUCUACCUAGAUGUUAUCAUCCUCUAUUGCUUCACCAACACAAGAAAAGCAUAAGAAAGACGCGGGAGACUCUGAAAUAUCAUAAAACAGGAGACACGGUAUCAGGAGCUCCGCCAAUUCCAGCUGAUUUCCAAAUAUCUAAGGGCACUAGAGUUUUGGUUAUUACCGGUCCAAACACAGGAGGUAAAACCAUUUCCUUGAAAUCAGUUGGACUCGCUGCUAUGAUGGCAAAAUCAGGGCUUUAUGUUCUUUCAUCUGAAUCUGCACGCUUACCUUGGUUUGACAACAUUUAUGCUGACAUUGGUGAUGAACAAUCCUUACUGCAGUCACUUUCUACUUUCUCUGGUCAUUUGAAGCAAAUUAGUGAAAUUAUCUUGCAUUCAACAAGAAGAUCACUUGUGUUGUUAGAUGAAGUUGGAGCAGGAACAAAUCCUCUUGAAGGAGCUGCAUUAGGGAUGGCAAUACUGGAAUCUUUUGCAGAAAGUGGUUCUCUGCUCACAAUGGCAACUACACAUCAUGGAGAGCUUAAGAUGCUUAAAUACAGCAAUUCCGCCUUUGAGAAUGCUUGCAUGGAGUUUGAUGACCUGAACUUAAAACCCACUUUCAAAAUCUUAUGGGGAGUACCAGGUCGCUCAAAUGCAAUAAACAUAGCCGAGAGAUUGGGGCUUCCAUGUGAUAUCAUCGACAGUGCUCGUGAACUCUAUGGCUCUGCAAGUGCUGAGAUUAAUGAGGUCAUACUUGACAUGGAGCAUUACAAGCAAGAAUAUCAAAGGCUUUUGAACGAGUCACGUCGUUAUAUAAGGCUCUCAAGAGAGCUUCAUAAGAAUCUACUCACAGCAGAAAAAAACAUUAACGACCAUGCCACUAGAGAAAGAGUAAAGAUGAGACAAGAACUGAUUCAGGCUGGUUCGACGGCUCGUUCUACACUUCGCAGAACAUUGCAACAGUUUCGCGCAUCUGCUGCACAAUCUUCUCGGUCAAAGGUAGCUACACAACUCCAAAAAAAAGUCGAAACGACCAAAGAUGGAGAUAAAGGAACUCGUUCAUCAUCUGUUGUUGCCAGACGACCAAUUUCUGAAGAUGCUACGCAAAAGGGAAAUACUAAGCUUCCUAAAGUCGGUGACUCGGUGUUCGUUUCUUCUCUUGGUAAAAAAGUGACUGUUUUGAAGGUAGAACAGUCGAAGAAAGAGAUCUUAGUUCAAGUAGGCAUCAUGAAGAUGAAAGUGAAACUGAGUGAUCUUGUGGUCUGAAUCUCUUAAAUUCAUCAGCGUCUAAAAUCAACAUCGGUAUAUUAGCCUCUAGUACAAAGGAUGUAACUAAUGUGAUAUGAAGAAACAUUACCUACACUUAUAGCAUAUAUACUUGUUGUAUGGUUCUUAUAAAGUAUGUGGUAAAAGUCUGUACAGAUUGGCUAUUGACAAUACACGUGAGUGACAAUGCUUUCUUUACUCUGAAG